AUGUACCAAAUCAAAACCCUCUUUAAGCCCCCACCAGCUCGCCGCCGUUUCGCUACUUUCUGCCUUCUCCACCGCCGCCACCUUCAGACUCAGGCAGACUCGCCGCCGCCGCCUCCGCCUCCUCCGAGCACCGGAAUUGAAUACUCAUUAGCUCACCCUGCUUACACCGUCUGGGCUGCCAACACAUCUCUUGGCAAAACCCUCGUCUCCGCAGGUCUCUCCAUUUCAUUUCUCAACCCCUCCAUUAGCAAAAAACCUAACGCUGCCAAGAAAUUUGUCUAUCUCAAGCCAGUUCAAACAGGGUUCCCCGAUGAUUCCGAUUCGCGUUUCGUUUACCGAAAGUUCACUGAUUUUUUCCUCCAAAAUCGUCCCCAUGUUUCCCUUUUCGCCUCUAAUCAUGUUCUUAACGCGUCGGCUCCGGCCUCGAGAGCCCUUUUGGGGAAGCGUUCAGAGAAUUUCGGAAAUGAGGUAGUUGGGGCAAGUGGGCCAGUUGGAAGCUUUGAGAAUUUGGGGUGGUAUGAAGAGAGGAAAGUACAGGGGCUUGAAGAUGGCGAAACAAUGUAUGUGCGUUCUCAGUUGAUAUGUAAGACAUUUUAUGGGUGGAGGGAGCCCAUUUCGCCUCAUUUAGCUGUGGAAAGAGAAGGGGCUAGAGUUGAAGACUCUGAAUUAUUGGACAUGUUGAAGAAGGGUUUAGGAUUGGGUACCAACAGUGGGUUUGGAGAAGAUGUUGAUAUGGAUGUAAUGUGUGUGGUUGAGACUGCUGGCGGCGUUGCCAGUCCAGGGCCCUCGGGUACCCUGCAGUGCGACUUGUAUCGGCCUUUCCGAUUGCCGGCUAUUUUGGUCGGAGAUGGAAGAUUAGGUGGUAUAUCAGCGACUAUUUCAGCUUAUGAGAGUUUGAAACUUCGCGGUUAUGAUGUUGUUGCUGUCAUAUUUGAAGAUCAUGGCCUCGUGAACGAGGUACCAUUGUCUUCUUAUUUACAGAAUAGGGUCCCUGUAAUUCUCCUCCCUGCUGUUCCACAAGAUAUGUCAGACAAUCUGCUCGAAUGGUUCGAAAAGUCUCAACCUGUCUUUAACUCUGUCAAGGAAAUGUUGCUAUCUGCAUUUCAAGAGAGAACACAGAAAUUAUUGGAGAUGCCAAAAAGGGGUCGUGAUAUCUUGUGGUGGCCUUUUACUCAACAUGAGCUUGUACCUGAAGAAAAUGUUACUGUAAUAGAUUCACGUUGUGGUGAAAAUUUUGCUAUUUACAAGGGUAGCAAGAAAAAUAUCAUUACUGAGCAGUUUGACGCUUGUGCAAGCUGGUGGACCCAAGGGCCAGAUGCUAAUUUGCAGAUUGAGCUUGCAAGGACUAUUGGUUAUACUGCUGCUCGCUAUGGGCAUGUAAUGUUUCCUGAGAAUGUCUAUGAACCAGUUCUUGAAUCUGCUGAACUCCUGCUUGAUGGGGUAGGAAAAGGAUGGGCUUCAAGAGUGUACUUUUCUGAUAAUGGAUCUACUGCAGUUGAAAUUGCUCUUAAAAUGGCAUUUCGAAAGUUCUUGCUUGAUAGCAAAAUCCAUUUUGACCUGGUGAAGGCUGACAUUGUCGAACAAUUUAUUAAUCUGAAGGUUUUAGCUCUAAACGGAUCUUAUCACGGUGAUACUCUUGGUGCAAUGGAAGCGCAGGCACCAUCCUCGUAUACUGGCAUUUAUCAGCAACCUUGGUACUCUGGCAGAGGUCUUUUCCUUGAUCCCCCCACGGUUUUUCUUAGCGACGGUGUUUGGAAACUUCAGCUUCCUGAGAGGAUUCAAGUUGACAAUUUGAAUACUGAAGACUGCCUUUUCAACUUACGGGAUGAAAUCUUCGAGAAGAGUCGUGAUGACUCAAAUGUUGCUGGCAUAUACAAUUCAUACAUAUCAAAAGAGCUAUCUUCCACUAGUUCUGAGACAAAUGCCCUUAUUGGAGCGUUAAUUAUUGAACCAGUGAUUCAUGGUGCUGGUGGUAUGCAAAUGGUUGAUCCCCUGUUUCAGCGGCUACUAGUUAAAGAGUGUCAACGUCGACAAAUUCCUGUUAUAUUUGAUGAGGUUUUUACUGGAUUCUGGCGUCUCGGAGCCGAGUCUGCUGCCAAACUCCUCUGCUGUCAGCCAGAUAUAAGCUGCUUUGCAAAGCUAAUGACAGGUGGUGUCGUUCCCUUGGCUGUAACCUUAGCGUCGGAGUCUGUAUUUGAAGCAUUUGUUGGUAACUCAAAGCUCAAGGCCCUUUUGCAUGGGCACUCAUAUUCUGCUCAUGCUAUUGGAUGUUCUGCUGCUCGUAAGUCGAUCAAAUGGUUUAAAAAUUCCCAAACGAACAAUAAUCUAACACCUGGAGCCGAAUUCCUUAGGGAGUUGUGGGACGCAGAAUUGGUUCUCCAGAUUUCCUCGAAUCCAGCAGUCCAAAGGGUGGUUGCUUUAGGAACUCUUUUUGCUGUUGAACUACGAGCUGAAGGAUGCAAUACUGGGUAUGCGUCGCUGUACGCAAGUUCCCUAGUCAAGGAGUUUCGCGGGGAUGGCAUUUACACGAGGCCACUAGGCAAUGUCAUUUACUUCAUGUGCGGGCCUUGCACUUCCCCUCAAGUUUGCACCAAACUCCUGAAAAAAGUUAUGAGGAGGCUUGAAGAGUUCAGCCAGACCCAAGUGAAGCUCCAAGCCUCCCAACUUUGA